AUGUAUCUAUGUAUACAUGGUUCCGAGCUUAAAUCUGCAUACACUUCACGAAACGAUAUUCCCGUCUGUUCUCCUACACUCCGAUCAUCUCCUCACAUACGUUUACAAGACAACUAUGAUAUAAUUGUAGUUGGUGCAGGUGCUGCCGGUUGUAUUGUUAGUACGAAACUCGCUAAUGCUCUCGAUAUGAAAAUAUUGCUUGUUGAAGCAGGUGUAGAGACAGGAAAUAAUGAUAAUGACAAUAUUACUAAUCCAGCUCUAUGGCUCAAUGUAUUGCAUAAUGAUACUUUAGAAUAG